AUGCAAAUAAAAUACUUCAGUCUUUUCUUCAUAUUAUUAUCACUCGUUGUUAUUUCACUAGUUUUUCAAAUUUCUUUUAGUAGCAACCAUUUAAUGCUUAACAGCGCUGAGAAGAAUAUAUCUUCUCAGAACACUUCAAACACACAAACUAACACAUUUUUUAAUACAAAAAAUUUAAAUAAAACAAAUACAAAUUACUCUUUAAAAAGUUUUACUGUUGAUUAUUCGUAUCCCAAAUAUGUUCAAUUAUACACAUACGCACGACCAAAUUACACGUACAAACAGCCUAUACACAUACAUAAUACAAAAUACCCUCAAAACACAUUAUUAGCAAUGAUCCACACUCUUCCCUCUCAUUUGGUUCACAUUAAAAACACUCGACAGACGUGGUGUCAACGGAACUAUCAAGACAUUUUUGGUUUCAAGUGUCUUUUCAUUCUUGUAAAUAAGACAGUAGAAGACUAUGACAACACUCAUCCCAAAGAAAAUAUUUUUAAAACACUUUUAACAAUGAAUUCGACAUAUAACGACAUUUAUUUGAUUGACAUGCCCGGUCUCCAAGAGUCGUGGACUACUUUACAACAAAAGAACAUAGCGGCGUACACUCAAAUAUACCCACUGUAUACCUCUUAUAAAUUCUACGCUAGAGUCGACGAUUGUGUGAUGGUCAACGUCGAAAUGUUAAUGGACGUUUUAAAUGAAAUUCCAUCGAAUAACACGGUCGUCGGAGAUUUCUGGAAUCACGCGCCUUGGAAAGAACCCGGGAAGAAAUAUUAUGAUAAACUGGCAAGUCGAUAUUCGUUGUAUUACACAUUCCCUUCGGGCUAUUUUUCUAUCUUUUCUAAUGAUAUUACUCACUUCUUUGCAGACUGGGAUAAGUAUUAUAAUAUCGCACCAAGCUCUUUGGAAGAUCCAGGAUUCGGAUUUUUAAUUUGGAAAUAUACAAAGGAAAAUAACAUGAAAGUCAAUUUGAUUAAACCAAAAUUGUGGGGAGGGCAAAUUAAGGCUAAAUACGGAAACUACAUCGUGUUCCAUGGUAUGAUUGGUGAAAUGAACCAAAUUGAUUUCUAUGAUAGGUCAAUUAAAGACGGACAUUUUGUGAAUUGA